ACUUUAGUUAGUAGGAGAGGAUUUAAUAAAAAAAGAUUGCUCCUCUGCUGUUUAUUCUCUGAGCAAAGGCUGGCUAACUGCCAGAACAUAUAUAAAAAUAAAAUAUGGAUAUCAAAACCACACCCAUUUCUCCGCCGCAGCCGCCGCCACACCCUUCGUUGUUACAACAGCAUUUCCCUACGGCGAAGGUGCACUAUUUAAUUCAAGACUUGCAGGAAUGCAUUGAUUCGGUGUCGUUUGAAAUGCCGAAUUAUUUCGCUGUCCCUUCACAAUUGGACACGAGCGAUCCGUUGGUUUCGACUUUUACGGAUAGUAGUGCGCCCGGUGGUGGUGGGGGAGGAGGGGGGUUGAGGGUACUGGAUAACUCGGUUCAGUUGGAUACUUUGGAGGGGAGGGUGCUCGUUCAUCAGGAAAAUUCACUCGUCGGAGGGGGAGAAGGGUACCUGCUCCAGCAAGUGACGCCGGAUGAGAUUCGUAUGUGGAUAAAUCCACCGUCUUCUUCCUCUUCUUCCUCAUCAUCGACUACACCCACAUCUGGAUCGAUCAGUUGGCCUCCCACCUCGUCACAGAUAACGCAUGCCACCCUCACACUAACCCACACUGACCCAUUAACUAAUCAAACGUCAAUCAAGCGAUUCAACUGCGAUUAUUCUGGUUGCGAAAGGACGUAUUCUACGGUUGGGAACCUUAAAACACACAUGAAAACCCACAAGGGCGACUUCCGCUUCAUCUGCACGUCGCCCACGUGUGGAAAGGCAUUUUUGACCUCGUACUCUUUAAAAGUUCACGUUCGAAUCCAUACGAAGCAGAAACCAUUUGGUUGUCAUAAUUGUGGAAGAGCUUUCACCACGUUGUACAGACUGAAAGCCCAUCGCCGCCUUCACGAUGGGAAUACCUUUAAUUGCUCAACGUCUGGGUGCGUGAAGUUCUUUACCACGUUGUCCGACUUGAAGAAACAUACCCGUGUUCACACCCAUGAAAAACCAUACAAAUGUGUGGAACAGGAAUGCGGAAAAGCCUUCACUGCGCCACACCAUCUCAAAACGCACAAGCGGGUCCACACGGGGGAGCGUCCCUUUUCCUGCCCCACCUGUAAAAAGUCCUUUGCGACGAACCAUUCGCUAAAAAGUCAUAGUAAUAAGCGUCACCCACCCAUCGUCGCUGCACCACCCGUGACCAACACCCCUUCUCCCCCCGCAUCCAACAACCUCGACCUUGGUGGUUACGCCUUGAUCCCAUUAACUUCCCAUCAAAUGACAUUAAUAAAUUCCAAAAUUUUAACAUUGGAUGAAUUAAUUCGUGAAAACAAUUCCACUUCAAAAGAAACGACUCUCUCGCAGAGCGAAAUUUUAGAAUUGGAACAAUUUUUUGGGAAUUCAGAAUCUACUUCACAAUUCCAUACGCUGUUUAAAACUUUGGAUGACACGUGUAAAUGUAAACGAUGCAAUGUGGAUGAAAAUGAUGAAAAAUGCUGUGUCAAAGUUUGCUUAAAAACAAUCACGAAAUUAAAAGGAUUGCUCAAUAAAUCGUGCUGCCAUUAAAAGUU